GUGCUUAACCGGCGCGCAUAUUCUAUCGCAAUAUGAUUUGUUGUUUUCAUUGAACCAUUGUGUAGCGAACAUUUCUUUUCUACAAUGUGCGCCCGUUAUAUUCAUUGCAAUGGGCUACAGUUAGAGCUGUCGUUCCAAGCGACCGUGAUCUGCGUCAUAAAAUGGAAACCAUUAGAGGAGCGAUGAUGAUCUGUGAAGGCAAUUGGAGCAGCACUUGCCCAAUAGAGCGCCUCAGCAGAUCCACGAAAUGCUGCCGUCACAUCACUUUAGAGCGCCUGGCUAAGCUAAUGGAGCUGAAUAAUAUAACCAUAUUUGAAUUUCUCUGCUAACAACUGUUUCCAUAUAAAUUAUAGCUACCAACUGUCCCAUGAUGUGCAGUGAUGUCUAUGAUGUUCCAACUUUCAUUAAUCGGUUCACAUGCUGCCUAAAGCAGCUCCAGCUAUGCAGCUAAACGUUUGACUCGUUUCGCCUGCUGCUAGAAGAAGGCCACCACCAAUAAGCCUAUGCUGAGCGAAGGCUUCAAUUUAACCCGGUGCUAGUCUAACUAGCUAACUGGAGUACAUGUAUGCAGUGCCUACAAAGCCUGUCGCUUACUACAGUUACUUCUAGCUAAAACAAAUGUACGUUCAUAUUUUUCGUAUUCUCAGUGGGCUGCGCUGCUAGUUUCUGUUAGCAUAUAAGUAAUCAUCGACCAGGCCUUGUAUCCAUUUGAUAUCUCAGUUCGUAUGUCACAACACACAGCAAUUUCAAAUACGUAGAUGUAUACGUACGUACACACACUAUUUAUACCAAACGUGCUAAUUUAGAAACCAUUUAGGGAAGCACAUUGUAGAGAUUAACUUUCAGUGGAAUUGGAUAUCCGCUGAGUCAUCGUACAAAUACCAACAUUAUGGACUGUCAGGACAAAGGCCCUGCAGAGGAGCCUCCCACAGCUGGGGAGAAGACCACAGGCAUUAACACAUCUAUGCCGACUGAAUCGGCAUCGAUCGAUGAACUCUUUGAAUUCAUACGCGAAGCCCCCAUUGGGGACAGACAUGAGCCAACAGCCAGUGUAAGUGAGCAAACCAUAACUAUGUGCGAAAGCGAGGAGCCGACGGCAAGCUCCUCUCUCACCCAUCCCUCGGUCGAUGCCCCAAGCAACGAAAUCAACAACAGCUUGGUGGCCGUGGUCCAACGCAGCGAAUUCGCUAAGCUCUUGAUGCGCCUAGGCGAAGAGGGCGACGGCGACGCAAAUCAGAUAGUAAUAGAGCUCCUCAACUCUAAAAAGCAAGCAGAGAAGGCUACAUCGGUUAUCGAGCGCGUAUCCGAGAACCUCAUGCUCGUGCUACGCACCCAGACCCUUGCUGAAGCAGGCAUCAUAACAGGCAACGAGCGCUAUCGUUCCUUCAAGUCGGUUCUGCAGAAUUACGCAAAGCUCUACGCGGCUAAGCGAUUUAUCGAGAAACUCCCCAUGCUGGGACUCUCGCAACAUUCGACCCAGGGCCACGAUCAGGACCAGAACGAGAACGAAAAGACUCUGGCUCGCAUGGUGGCCGACGAGGUACUGCAGAUUCCCGAACUACUGCGCCAGCUCUGGGCCUCCCUGGAGAAAAUGGAGUUCUUCAACGAGGACACUGCUUACAAAGUUUACUUGGAAGCGCGCCGCCAUCCGCAGGCAAAAAUUCUCCGUGAACUGAUGUUAACUCGCAUCUCGCGUGUCUACCUUUGCAUUGUCAGCUCUGCAUCCUUUCUCGAUUUUAGCGAGCACGAGCUAAUCCACGUGCUCAACAACUGCUACCUCAGUGUCAACUCCGAGAUAGAGAUAUUCCUCUCGGUCAUACUCUGGUUGGAGCACAACUGGUAUGAGCGUAAGAACUGCGCUGAGCGGGUCUUGAGUGGGGUUCGAUUCGGCCUGAUGCCCACCUGGUACCUCUAUACUCUGGACAGAACCAACCGCUGCAAUCACUUCGCCAAGGUCAUCUAUAGCCAGGGAGUCCAAGCCCUUUUGGAGAAGGGUCUCGAGGAAGCCUUGGCUAUGCGUUAUAAAAAGGCGCGUGCUCCCAACUCCAGCAACAUGGAGAUUCCAUUGCCACGUGACUGGGUUGCUGACCCGGAGUGUCGCCAUCAUCACAAGUGUCAUUGCGAGCGAUUUGUGUAUCCAACAUAUGAUGUAUUUAAGGACUACCUAGCCAGGAUCAUACGAUCUGCACCAAACUACUGGCGCACGCUUCGGCCUGCCCAGGAGGUCUAUCGGAAGGUACUCAAGUGCUGCGCACCCCCCUACCAGACACAGCGACGAUCCUAACCAAAUCGUUGACAUCAGUUGUCUUAUUUCUCUACACCGAACAAAAUAGCUCCCAAAUUUAUUGUUUUACCUAUUCUGGCGUGCUUAACUGCAAAUCAUUUUAAAGUGUUUAAUAAAUGUUGGAUUAAGUUGGGAAUCGUAGCAGCUCAACUGCAAAAGUUGAUAGGACCGCAAAUACACACCAUGAAUGUUGCAAUAAAAUUUAAGUGAAAUCAGCUGUUGACAGCUGUCGUUUGUAUUGAGUUCAUAAA